AGCUUCUCCCACACGCGUCCGCCUUGCAAAAGUAAAAUGUAGUAGAUUUGAGUGUAGUUUCAAUUUCGAAGGACGUCGUUUCCUACCAAAUAAGUUACAUCGUCGAUAAAUUGGAUUAAAAUCAUUAAUGUGAAUUAGCGAAAAUGUUCCCUGGGAGUAAAGUUUCAAACGACAGCGGCUUUUGGCCAUGCAUUGGAAUAGCAGCUCUUAACGUCAACAACAGCUCGAGCGGGUUUGGUCGCAAGCCACUUGUAAUGCCAGAACUGAAAGCCCAGAACCAGUUCACAGGGAACGGUCUCCAGGGCUCGGUACCAUCCUCGCCUGAGACGGACUGCGAGGAAAUAGAUGAUUACACCUCCAUCUACGCCGCCCUGGAAAUGGACACGCGAGAGAUUAUUGACGCUUUCUUAAAAAGCUUUACAGGACUCCCUCAUUCUAAAAGUGAAAAAACCCAGGUUCUGUCUACGAUGAAGCGGGUUGUGGACAGUCUCGCGGUGAAGCACGAACUGGCUUACAAAGGUAUGAUUGCACGGCUGAAUCUGGAGCAGAAAGGAGAAGAUGUGAGUUUUGUCAAGACUGUGGCAACAGAACUCUUCAGCGAUGGCAUCACAAACUGGGGGCGCAUUUGCAGCCUGCUGACUUUUGGGGCAAUGGUAUGCAAGCAUCAAAAUGAUAGAGGACUUGGCAAGUGUGUGAGUCUGGUGGGGGAAGAGAUCUCUUCCUAUCUUCUCACAGACCAACGGGACUGGCUGCUCAAAAACAAAGCAUGGGAUGGCUUUGUGGAAUUUUUUCAUGUCCCGGAUACAGAGGCAACUAUGAGAAACACAUUGAUGGCCAUUGGUGGUGUGGCAACAUUCGGAGCUGCUCUUGCUUAUAUGAUACGGUGAAUCCAAAUGGACUUUGUGACAGAUAUUGAAAAACAAAAAAGACUCUAAGUUAACCUUUUUUUUUUCUUCUUGGAAACGUCUAGGAGAAAUCAGUUUGCUUUUUUGUUUUCAAUAUUUUGUCUUUUUUGGAUGUCAAGUGUAUAUAUAAAAACUUGUUCAAAUCAAAAACUAUUUUUUUAUUAAAAAUUAAAAUUUAAAAUGUUCAGAUCUCAAUUGUUGAUGUUCAGGUAAAACUUUCAAUGCCAGUUUUUGUGUUCAGUUUACACAAGAAUCACAUGUUAAAUUGUCAUUACACAUCCAGCAGUGUUCUGCAUGCUAGAGAUAUACUUGGCUAAAUUGGGAAUUUUGAAAAAGCCAUACAAUAAAAGUCACAACUAUUUGGUGCAACAGAUUU